UGGAGCGGGGAGAGGGAGAGCCUGGGAAGGGGGGUGGCGUGGCGGUUGGUGGUGGGGAAGAGAGGGGAGGGAAGCCUUUUAAUGACUCAUUGAUUGAGCCGGUUUAAAAUUAGUUGUGUGCGCGAGUGUGAGUGUGUUUUCCGCCCCCCCGGAGCCGCCGGGAGCCGGGAAGGAGGGAGCGGGGCUCGGCGAGGGGAGGACGGCGCGGCGAGGCCGCGAGCAGGGGGCAGGGAGGGCCAGGAGUGACGGCGGGCGAGGAAGAAAAAUAAGCUUUUCCAAUCUCCUCCCCUCGGUUUUCCCCCCCUCAAUUCUUUUCUCUCUCGGCAGCUUUUGGGUGUGAAUCGCAUUUUCCUUUCUUCUCGGCAAAAUGGACCCCGUCGUCGGGAGGGGGAGGGGAGAGGGUGGGGGAGAGAGGCGGCGGCGGGGACCGGCUUUCUUCUUCAUCCCGGCUUCCUCCUUCCCGCCGCUCGUGCGGGCGGCCGCGGAGAGAGCUCGGAGCAGGCCGCGCGUCUCAGCCGGGGCCCGGUCCGGUCCGGUGACCGGCGCGCGCCCGCCGCGGACGGGCCCUUCCCCGUCGCCUCGCCGCCUGGCCCCGAAGCUCCUCCGAGGACGCGCGGCCGGGCCGGACGAGCCCCCGCGCCGCGCCGAGGACCCGCGGCCCAGCCAGGGGCAUUUUGCCCGGCCCGCGCGGCCGGGCCGAAGAGACGAGAGGCCGUGGCGGCACUGUUUUGGCCGAGAGCGCGUGGGCCCGACGCGGUUCGCGCCCCCCGAGUCGCCCCGAAUGCGGGAUCUUUGGGGGGGUGCGGCUGGAAGGCGCUAAGAUGGCGCUGGGCCUGGCCCUUCGCCAGGGCUGGUGGCGCAGUUGCUCCGCGGGCGCCAUCUUCCCUGGCGGCUCGGGCGGCGCCCUUCGUGGACGCUUCGCCGGCGGGAGUGCGGGGAGGUCGGGGGCAACGGGGAGCUUUCGCUC